AUGCCCGGAAAGCGCAAGAGACCCGCCGCGGGAGAGGAGGUCGAGCCACCCGCCGGGGUCAGGAGCCCCGAUUCCCGAGCCGCCAUGGCCACGCCCAUCGAGCCGGUCGCGGGUGUCUCAGACCUGGACCAGUUCCUGUCGGUGCCCAAGUCGGACAAGGAGUUGGAGACUGAGCUGGAGCGCCUGGGCCGUCUGAUCCUGCAGCACGUCGAGGAAAACUAUGUCACGGGUGUGAGGCAUCCCAGAGAGCCGCUGGACCUGGUGCUAUGGAAUCUGGGCCUUCGCAGCGGGGAAAGCACGGUGCCCACGACCGGUCAGCUGGAGGCCAUGGCCAUGGAUCCAAAUAAGCGGGUUACAGCUCUGCAGCAUAUCAUCGCGAGGGUUAUAUUCGGGAGCCUGUCGGUCAAGUGGGCUGGUAAAAUAUCAAUGCUACCGCCCUCGGUUUCAAGCUUGGUGCAAGAGAUGCCGCCAUGCGAAAAGGACGUGGGCGACCCUGAAGCCAUCUCCGUUGCCCUCACACGCUGGCGCCAGCUCACAGCUUUUCUGCUCCAGUCAAGCGUCCCCUACUACGCAGUAAUAGACCUGCGGGCAAGACAGCUCGUCAAGGAGAUGAAUCGAUUUCUAUGGGUCUUCGUCGACGAGAAGAACCGCAAAGACCAGGAACAUAAUCUGAAGAACGUUGUAACCGAGUGCGCACUAAUCGGCCAUACCAUCUUCUCCCAGCCGGAAGAUUUCACAUGGGAGUUCGGGUCAGGGGAUGGCAGAUACGUCGUGGUGUGCCCGGGAUUGGUGAAAGCCUGUUUCAAUCUCGUGUUGAUCCUGCGGAAUGACACCCAGUAUCUCAUUUCACUACGAAACGACAAUCUUCAGGCCUUCGAGGAGAUUGACACCGCCCGGCCGGUGCUUAGCCAGAUCAAUGGUGCAAUCACAGCCGCCACGCGCAGCAUUUACGAGCUCGGCCCGUUCCUGGAGCGGCAUCGGUGGCCGCCGUGCGAGCCGCCACGGACUUCAAUAAUACGGCUGAAGAACCUGAGGAAAAGGAGUAGCCUUUCUUCGCCGGUGUCAGGGGCAGCCGCAGCCGCAAGACCGGGCCUGUCUCCAGACGAGUUGUUCUCCUGGACGCUGGCCUUGACCGCGCAGCAUACCGCCGUUCUGUCUGCCCUCGACCAGCUGGAAAAGUUCCUCGUCUACGGCUCGGCAGACAUCAGCGAGGAUGAUAGGAGGAGGCAUGAUGCAACCGGGUCGUGGUGGCAGCAGCGGCACAGCGAGAUCACCACUACCCCUCUGCCUCCGCUUGUUGGUCUCCAGGCCUUGAUCCCAGAGGUCUCGCAACGGGCGCGAUCGGCGACUCUCGACCCGAGCAACUCUGCGCAUGCUGUAUCACCGCUCUCGCCGUAUUCGCCCUUGCUCUCGCCACCGGGCCUCAGCCGACACUCGAGCCAGGUGAGCCUGCCCAGCCCGGUGCAGGCGUCGCCCACCGUAGACACACCCUUCACGCCUCUGAACCAGCAAGUCGCAACCAUGUUCGAGCAGAAGACCCUGCCCAGCAAGACCAUCCAGCCCGUCAUUCACGAACUCGAUAACAUGAUCGCGUCCCCCGCGGAUUCGAUGCAGCCUGUGUUCGAGCUGGAUGUCUCCCCUGUGGGAAACAGCCAUUACACCCAGUCACCUUCGCAGCAAGAGGACGAUAAGCAUUGGCCGUAUCUAGCAUAUAUGGCGCGGAAGCAGGCUGUUACCAUGUCGAGGUGGUCGGUCCGGCGUUCAAAGUCGACCAAGUCCAAGACAGGGAGUGAUAGUUGA